AAUUCCAAUCGGGAUUUAUUCCACAGAAUUCUAUAACAUGUCCCCAAUAAUAUAAAGAUUAAUUAAUCUGGGAUCAAUUGUAUAUUUUGAAGCAAGAUGAAAAUUAUAAAAAUGAAGAAAUUCAUUAGAGCAUCCUGAAUUCUAUAUAUCAAAACCAGUAAAUUUUCUUAUUUUUACAAUUUUUAUCUCGUUUCAAGAUACACAACUGACUUCCUGGAGUAAAUGACCAUAGAUUUAAAUUGGCGCUGUUCCGUCACCGAUUAUCACGUGAUUCUGCAGUGAUAGGCUAAUAUCUCAUUCGUAGUACGAUUAUUUUUAGACGUUUCUGAUUGGCUAUUGUUAGUGAUGUUUUCAGGCUCCAGAAUUCUCUAUUUUGUAACCAAUCAACAAGUUCAAAAAAUUUGUCGUUUUGACAAUUAAAAUAUUAGUCAUAGCCAAUAUGGUGCGAUACACGCUCAACGUUUCGUGUCAAGUGUGAUCGGAGUGUAACGUGUCAGAUGUAAUUCGCAUUUUAUCAAUAUUAAUUUUGAUAUUUCAACGAACAUUUGUUAUCUGAUCUUCGUGAAUGUAUACCGGUAUCUUUUUUUAAUUCGCUUAUGAUAUUAUUAUCGGUAACGGGAUAACACGAGUAUAACCACGGCACUCUAACCUCUUAAAACAACUCAUUGAAAUUCGAGGUACAAAUACUGCAUACAUGCAUGUUGAAAUGACUCAAAUCCUUGAAUAGAGUAUAAGUACGAUAAAUGAGUACUCUUGAAGAAUUGUUAAAUGAUCCUGAUUACAUCACCACAAUCUCCAGUGAUGAACUUCAGCAGAAAGUUUACGAAGAAAAUGCAAGGAACAUUACUGCAAAAAAAAUAACUGCGAUAGUGGAGAAGGAAUUCUCACGGGAAAUUGAUUUGAAAGAGAAGGAAAUUUUGCAGAUACAAGAAAGAUUACACAAAACACUAAAGAUUUUCCAUUUUUUACGCUACAUCAUAAUCACCAACUUUUAUAAUCGCAAGCAGUGCCAAAUUCCUCAAGCUACAGAGACAUCAAAACAGACGAGGAUUCAUCCUGCUAUUAAAACGUUACUCGGAAAGUGUCCCAAAUCCUUUGAUUCUUCAGAUCUUGCGGUGCCAUCAACGUCUACUGAUCCUCGAUUUUUAUGCAAUGACAAAUCUGUCGAAUCGGAUGCAAAUACGACGGAUAGUACGAUUAAAAUUGAAGAAAACACAAAUAAAUGCAAUAAUGUGCAACAAGGUGAAAAACGAAAAUUGCUGGACGAAGAGUCGCAACCUCGAAAGAUACCUCGUUAUGUACCACCAAAGAGCAGUGUGCCGGAGAAGACGAGUCCGUCUCGCGGAAAUAGCAAUAAAGUUCGCAAACGUAUCAUUGUUGGCAAUAUCUCUAGAUGGAUUCCACCGGAUUGGCGGGAAGAUCCGUCCAGUCACAAGUGGACGAUGUAUGUGCGUGGCGACAAAGACGAGAAUGCCGAUAUUAGUACUUUUGUCAGUAAGGUGAGGUUUUUUUUGCAUCCCAGUUACCGUCCAAACGAUGUCGUCGAAGUCACAUCGUAUCCAUUUCAUCUGUCCAGACGAGGAUGGGGCGAGUUCCCUCUUAGAGUCCAAUUGCACUUUAAAAAUGCCUUGAAUAAGCCUGUAGAUAUAAUUCAUCAUUUAAAACUAGAUUGCACUUAUACAGGCCUGCAAACUCUGGGCUCGGAAACUCUAGUUGAUUUAUGGAUUUAUACGAGGGAAUUCUAUAAUCCAGAGCAAAAUAAUAGCAACAAAUCCGUUGAGUCUUCCGUUAAUAAUACUUUCGUAAAAGUAGAACCGAAUGAUAAAACAAAAUUGGCGAAAACCUUAGAAUUUACCGCGAACACUAUGGAGAAAAUUCAAAUAAAGGAGGAAUCUGAUUUAAAAAUACAUGAAAGCUUUAAUUCAUCAUUAGAUUUAAUUGAGAAUUCGAAACCUAUCAGAGUCAAAGUUGAGUCUAAUGAUAUAUUCAAUGAUAAAAAUAAUGAACCAAUGAACCAUUACAUCGAGCACGAUCAUAACUAUUUUAGCAGACAGUAUUUUAAUUCUCGUCAUUGUACUAUAAGAGAAGGAAACAUGACUGUGGAACACUUUCCGGAAAAUGAAUGCACGAUGUCUGUGAUCAAUUCGCCAACAGUCGACGAUAACAAAGAACAAUCCGAAACAAUGAUUACCUCAUAUCGAUUUAACGGCGAUAUCCAGUCUUCCAGUAACUGCCAGCCUUUGGUAUCUCCAAACGCAAAAAUAGAUAAUUCAUUAAUGAACGAAACAUUCCAUGAGUACAAUAAACAAAAAGAUCUAUCACUGACCGAUGUAGAUAAAUCCUUACAGACGAAAAAUUCAAAGAACAAGAAUACCUCCAGAAUUUCGGAGAAUAUCUCGAUCAAAGAUGUAUCGAUGACUAAUGGCUUUCGUAAAUCCAAUGUCUUGCUCGAUCGUUUACAGGGAAUCGCGAAUUCCUCGAAUUGCAAUUCGCAUUUAAAACCUUUGCAAAUCUCCAUACCGUCAUCGAAUAUAUUCUCGUCGUCGACUAAUAAGCGUGUACUUUUAUUAAAGGAUAAGAAAUCGAUAUCGGUGAAUUUCUCGAAUGUUCUCUCAUCCAAAUCCAACGAAAACUCGAAAAUGCUCCUUGAUAGUGAUGCAAAAGUUUCUGUUCCGCGAGACGGUAACGUUGCGAAACUAAACAUUCGCGUUCCUCAAGGUGUGAGCAUUCUGAAGAAGUCGCUUAACAUCAAAGCAGAUGCACAGCAGGAAGAUACAGUCAACAAUAAUAAGAAGACUGCUGUACUCAAACUGAAUACUACUAAUAGUUUAUUGUUAAAUGUUAAUGAAAAUGUGCCAAUUCUGAAAAUAGCAGACAAUUACAGAUUUGCCGAGGCGACAAGCGGCACUUCAACUGGCAAGGAGGAGGUUGCAUCGUGCCGGAAAUCAGAGGACAAGACAAUGCAGCGACCAAAAAUCACUCUGGGCAAGGACAAGUUCAAGAUACAGAGUAAGAGGGAGCUGUAUGAAGCAGUCCUUCAGUCAAUCAACGAUACGAAUAUCACUGACGUAGAGGCAUUGAUACGAUUUAUCGCACGCCGAUUGCCGAUCGUCACACAAAAUGCUCGUGAUCCCGAGUACAGACGAUUGCAUUCUUAUGCGUGUUGCACCGAGGACGAGUACUUGGCAUAUAAUAUCGGUAAGCAAUGUGCCAUGGAAUGGUAUCGCGCAAAGAUGAUUAGAAGAUUUCUACGUGCGAAACUAAUUCCGGAUGAUCAACUGUGGAGCAUCAAGGAAAUCAUGCUAUGGGCGAGAUUUCACGGCUACACGCCGAAUCGACCUCGAAGCACCUUCGACACUCAGGAAACAGUUGGUACGAGUGACACAAAGAAGCUACCCAAUAUUACGCCACCCACCGCAAUUCUGUCCACAUGCACGGAACCGAUCGCGUCACAAGAGUGGUUGCAAUUAUGGCAGUCUAAUCAAUCAAAAGAUAUAUCUACCGAAGAUGAAGAGAUUGAUGUCGAAAAUAUCAGAGAAAGUCCACGUAGAAUCACAAUCGAUCGGAGAAAAUACGAACAGAAUAAUGAUUGUUCGACCAGUUCUGCGUUAAUACCGGUUGAACUUGACGAAGAUCUGUUGCCGUUCCAUAAUUUCAUAUGCAAUACUGCGCGAGACAUCGGCAUCAAGAUCGGACCAGAGGAGAUUGUUCCUGGUGUUCUAUAUUGUGCAGCUAGUCGUGUAAUAAUGCGAGUUAUCGAAUGUUUCGUAGAGGAUCUUACCCGAUCGUCAUUGGCAAAAGCUUGGGAAAGAAACGGCGAAAAUGAAUGUCCCAAAGUUAUCACCUUGAACGAUGUCCGCGACGUUCUCGCGACUAGAGAAGAAUUCGACAUUUUCACGAACAAAGGUCUGGGUUCGAAGCAAGAAUUUAAUAUAACAGAACUGUCGAGAUUGUGAUGAUGCAUGAGCAUUACAAACAAAUGGCCUCUUAAGAUGCAAAAACUAUUGGAGAUGCAUGAUUCAUUUCAAUCCCAACUAAUUGGGAAUCCUGUUGGAUGUUUAACCUCGUAUUGCAAUCACUUACAAACUGACUCGUAAUAGGCCAAGAGUGGUUCUACGCGAAACUUGGAAUAUUCUGUUGUCAUAUGUAAUGCGUAUUUCCAAUUUGCGUUAUUCCCGAGUUUCAUCAUUGACCUGGAAGCUUAAAGUAAGCUAAAACCACAUUUUUAUAUACAUUCGUACAUUUCUUUCCACGUUCUCCGCAAGAAAAUGAAUUUGAGAUUCAUAUUCUAGGAAAGUUAUUUUUUUACUAUUUUGUUUCUUUACUUUUGAAGAGGAGCAGAAUUAAAGUUAUUAUUUUAUAAAUUUGAAGUUUUCUCUAACCUUAAAAAUUUUCCCGCAUCCUUUGAACCAUAAAUGUCGUAUUUGUAAAAAAAUAAGUUGAAUGUUGUGGAAUCAACUGGAUGGCAAAUUCAGGGUUGCUUCGCACAUUUCCUUGAAAUAAUUGAAUUUGAUUGAACAUUUUUAUUAUUUCACUGUCUCACAGCACACGAUUCAAUCAAAGGGUAACUUUAAACAUUCCUUUAAAUCACUUUUACUUUUCGAGAUGACGUUGCUGAUACUAAGAACGAUACAUAAUACGAGCUGAAAAGAAAACGGGCACUUUUUCGAAUCAUCUGCCAUAUCUUGCGAAUGAUAAUGCUAAGCUAUUGUCCUGUGAAAGAUUGAUCUCACUGUGGAAAAACGGGAAUCUUUAUCCCUACUCAAGAACUGAAUGAUCAUCCACAUUUGUGUUGUUCCUCGUGUUUUUUUAGGGUGACAGAAAAUAUAUCUUUAAUCGAAACCCACGCAUUGUUUUACUUACACCAGAAAAUUGCCCUUCAUUCUCUCGUUUCGGUUUCAAUUGCCUCAUUUUAUGUAAAAGUAAAUACGAAAAGUAAAUACUUUCAUUUAUUCUUGUCCUGAGAGCUCGACUGCAACUUUAUAAAUCGGUAUACACAAAUGAUGAAGUUUUAUGUAAAUCAAAGAGAAACGAAAGGUACGUAUAUGUAUUGUAAAAUGUUGGAAAAAAUACUAACGUGUGAUAUGAUUUUUAAUUAUAUAUCAAAUUCUAA